AAGUGAGGAUCGGCAGUUUCGUAGCCGUGUGUUUUCGGUCGACUGUGUGUGCGUCGUGCGUAUUGUGCUCGGGGAUAUUCGUCGGCAAUUUCGAUCCCAUGCCGGUUCCAGCAGGAACCACAGCCGCCCUAGUUUGUUCCCGUUAAUGGUAUGGACUUGUCCCUUCCGUCCACCUCCAGCUGUGGUGCCACUGCCAUCUCGUGCAAGGCUCCCGCUGCUCCUUCCCCAGCUGCCCUGACCGAGUGUAUCCAACUACGCCCACUCUUCUGCACCCUGUCGCCUGAGACGGAGCGUGGGGGCGAGCUGCCCGAGGAGGUAGCCGGCGGGGACAUGGGUCUCCCCGAGGAGGAGACUGCGCUGUGGCCCGUCCAGGAGGAAGGGGGACCCCUGUCACCCCUGUUCAGCAGCCUGCAGGACGUAUCGCCCCUGACACCACACCACGACCACACGCCCAAGGGAGGCUUGUUGGUGUCUGAGCAAGCCAUUCCAUCGAUGCGGGGUGUGUGUGGUUUGCGCAACCUGGGCAACACGUGCUUCAUGAAUGCGGGCCUCCAGUGCCUGCUGAGCAAUGGCCGCCUGGUUUCCUACUUCCUGGCUCGCUCGGGGCACGCAAGCGAGAGAGAGGACGAAGAUUCCCUGACGGCGCAGCUGGCGCAUCUUCUGUGCCAGGUGUGGAGUGGCAGCUACUCGUGCCUGCGGCCAGCUCCCUUCAAGGAGGCCUUGGCACAGGCCUGCCCUCAGUUCAGUGACUGCCGACAGCACGACUGCCAGGAGUUCCUGACGCUCCUUUUGGACACGCUGCACGAGCAGACCAACUGUGCCGGCCGAGAGACGAGAGGUUCUCCUUCGCAGGGCAGCGGCAGUGAGUCGUCAACCAGUUCCUGGGAAACAGCUGUCCCCCUUCGGGGUCGCCAUCUACCGUUUGAGCCAUGUGUUGGUGGAAAGUAUUCGGAAGCUGAAGAAAGUGCAGUGGUUGGCGAGGUACGGCCAGACAGCCCCAACGCAGCCACUGCAGUGUCUGCCUGCAAGCCUUCUAAGGAGGGCGACUUAGUGAAUGGCCGCUGCUCACCCCCACUGGCCAAGCGUCCCCGCCUGGACGAAGGACUGAAGAGUGACGAGCAAGAGCAGCGUGCCCAGGAGGCCUGGGACGAGUACACGGCCCGUAACCGGUCCGUGGUUGUCGACACCUUCCAGGGCCAGUUUCGCAGCACGGUGGUGUGCUCCGAGUGUGGCCAUGUUUCGGUGACCUACGAGCCAUUCAUGUACUUACCCCUCCCACUACCUCAUGCCAUGGAGAGACAGAUUGAUGUGACCUAUGUACCCCUGGGUGGAGGUGAUCCGGUACCGUACCGGGUGCGGGUGCCCAAACGCGAGAAAGUGCGCAGCCUGGUGGAGGCCCUGACGUCCCAACUGGAGGAGCCACCACCGCAUGGCAUAGCCCUGGCUGAGCUGGCCCACAAUGGCCACAUGGUGCAGCGCAUACUGGAUGAAGACAUGGCUGUGCGGUGUAUUGGGGAGGGUGACCGAGAGGUGUUUGCCUUUGCCCUGGGACCUUGGGUUGAGGAAGAAGUGAAGGAGGACGAGAAUGUGCCCAAAGAGGAGUGCCUUCCUCCCGGGGCCAGGGCAUGGCACUCGUGCGCCAUCUGCCUGGAGGACAUGGCUGACGACCACCUGCACAUGCACCCCUCCUGCCGAUGCCUACUCUGCCAUAACUGCCUCGAGAUUUCAUGCAAGCACUAUGGCAGCGAUUCGUUGAUGUGUCCGCUGUGCAACCUACCUGUGAAAGCCGAGGCCGAGUUCGUGCCCCUGUCUCGAAUGAGCAGCCAGCGACACAGGUCAAGGCUGGUCACGGUGCCUCUCUUGUUUUGCCUGGAGGGUGGCCAGCCAUGGCGAGCACCAACACUGCUACGAGUGCCUUGCCACUGCCCUGCCAGCCAGCUGUACACAGCUGCUGCAGCCCACCUCCCACCUGAGGCUUGCUUCACGCUGUCAUUGGUGGACGCCUGGGGUCAGAGGUGUUCGCGCUGCCUGCCCAGCCGGUGUGGUGGCUGUGAGGUGGCCCGAGUGGGCUGGGUGUCGCUACAGCCGGGUGACUGCCUUGCCCUGUGCUGUCUGGACGAUGACGGGCCUUCCCGGCGAGAUGCGUGGCCGCGACCGGCAACCAGUGGCACCGCUCGGCCAUCGGGGUCCCUGUCCUUGUACGACUGCCUGCAGGCGUUCAGCGAGAGUGAGACCCUGGAUGAGCACAACCCAUGGUUCUGCCCUGUGUGCCAGCGCAACCAGCGGGCGCGCAAGACUCUCUCGAUCUGGCGCUCCCCUGACACACUCAUGGUCUACCUCAAGCGGUUUGUGUUCCACGAGUUCUCUGGUAGCAAGGUAGACGAACGGGUGGAGUUUCCUCUCGAGAGCCUCGACCUGGCGCCCUUUGUGUCGGGGCCCGAACCGCAGGCAGCGGAGAGCCUCCUGUACGACCUGCAUGCCUACAUCUGCCACAUAGGGGGUGUCAACUGUGGUCACUACACGGCAUACACGCGGCACUGGACUACGGGCGAGUGGUACCACUACAAUGACGAGUCGGUCUGCAAACAGCCCCCGCCUCGGCCAGAAGACCAGGCCCAUGCCUACAUCCUCUUCUACCAGCGGCGCUCUGCCGUGUCCGAAGAGGCCCUCGGUCUGCCGGCACCUGGCCUGGAGCCCAUGCUUCCCGAGCGAGGUGCGGCCACUGCGACUUCCUCCCUGGUGCUGAAACCGGGCACCGUGCAGCGAGUCCUGUGCCGCCUCAACCGCAGCCCCUCCCCGUGUGACUCUCCACCCCCCCUGGAAGUGAGCAAGGAGUGACCACUUGCCAUCUUUGCUGCCUCGUCCAAGUUGUCACAGGCCAGGAUCUUGAGCUUGCUGGUGGCAAUCAGGGCUUUGGCCUCGUCCACCUGAGUACCUGUG